GGCAGCCGUGGUACUGCAGUGAAGUGUUUAGGUGUCAGCAGUUAUUGGGGCUUGUGAGCUUUCCCAGGCAGAGGGUCGCGGGAAAUCCAGGCAGCCCCCUGUUGGAUCCUUGCAAAGUGGCAAUUAGAUGUACAGCAGGAACAACAGCAGCAGCAGCCAGAGAGGAGAUUAGUUCCAGCCCGGGAGAUGUCUGCACUGGGGUCCCAGCUACUGCAGAGAUGUGACUUCUACUGAGACACACACCGACACCCCUGUGCAGCCCCCUGCGAUCUGACUGCAGCUCACUAAAAAUGAAAACUCAUCCAGUUGCCAUCCUACUUCUCUUCUUUGUGAUUGGCUAUGGCUCUUCUGAAAACUCCACCACUUCAAGAGGUUGUGGGCUGGAUAUCUUCCCCCGCUACGUGUACCUUUGCGAUCUGGAUGCCAUUUGGGGAAUAGUAGUAGAAGCUGUGGCUGGAGCAGGCGUGUUGACCACCUUGUUGCUGAUGCUGAUUCUACUGGUGAGACUUCCCUUCAUCACUGAAAAAGAGAAGAAAAGCCCACUUGGAAUACAUUUUCUUUUUUUGCUUGGAACGCUUGGACUCUUUGGUUUAGCUUUUGCCUUUAUUAUACAGGAGGAUGAAGCUAUCUGCUGUUCCAGGAGGUUUUUAUGGGGAGUCCUUUUCUCUCUGUGUUUCUCUUGUUUACUUGCUCAAGGUUGGAGGAUCCGCAGGCUUGUCCGCCAUGGGAAAAGUCCCUCUGGGUGGCAUAUGUUUGGAAUGGUGAUAUGUCUAAUGCUGGUACAGGUCAUCAUCGCAGUAGAGUGGAUUAUCCUUACAGUUGUCCGAGACAGGAAGCCGGCUUGCAGUUAUGAGCCGAUGGAUUUCGUAAUGGUUUUGAUUUAUGUUAUGGUUCUGAUGGUGGCCACCUUGGGCCUUUCAUUUUUUACUCUCUGCGGGAAGUUUCAGAAAUGGAAAAAAAAUGGAAUAUGCCUUAUUAUUACAACAUUUCUUUCUGUUUUAAUCUGGGUAUCUUGGAUGACCAUGUACUUGUACGGUAACAACGAACUCAAGAGAAGCGAUCAGUGGAAUGAUCCCACAUUGGCCAUUGCGCUGAUAUCUAGCGGUUGGGUGUUUCUCAUUUUCCAUGCUAUCAUUGAGGUCCACUGCACCAUUCUCCCAGCCCCGCAAGAAAACACAACAAAUUAUUUUGAUACCACUCAACCUCGUAUGCGGGAGACUCCUUUUGAGGAAGAUAUUCCGCUCCCACGUAGCUACAUGGAGAAUAAAGCUUUUUCUAUGGAUGAACAUAAUGCAGCCAUGAGAGCAGGAGGAUUCCGCAAUGGGAGUUUGGGAAACAGGCCCAGUGCUCCAUUCCGAAGCAACGUGUACCAGCCUACUGAGAUGGCAGUUGUGCUUAAUGGUGGGACAAUCCCAACUGCUCCACCAAAUUACACUGGAAGACAUCUGUGGUGAAAAGCAUAUAGAUCGCAGGGAGUCCCUGAAACUGUUUAUUCCCUAUGGCCCUGUCUUUGUGAGGGAGGAAUGAGUAAGGUAACAGCAUCCAAGAGCUCUUGCUAAUCCUACCUACUAGGGCUUAUCUAAAUGUCAACAGCUGGGAACUCUUGAUAUAAAUACUAAAGACGGAUUUUGUCACAGCAAACCCGGAGUAGGUUCGCACAUCCAACAAGUCUCAAUUUUAUUCGAGCAUCAACCAAUUUAAGAUGCCUCUAACAUGAGAAUCCCUGCUGCUUGGCUGCUUGAUCCGACUACAGAGACACUUGCUGAAAUUCUAUCCCUGCUCCAUCUAGAACUGGAAGAAACCAUGCGGCCCGGGGACCAAAGUAUUCUGCCCCAGGCAGGCGGCCGACCCAUUCAUUGCUGAACUGUCAGCCAUGGCUUAAAAAAAAAAAAAAAAAGCAAAACCCCACCCAUUUAUACCGAUUUUGAACAUUGCAAAAUCAUCAGUAGAAUUCUAUUUAUGUAAAGAGAUAGAAGCCUUAAGGUUUAACAUUGUAUGUAAAGUUGCACCAAUGAAAAAUAAUGCAAGGCUGGGCUGUAACAUUCACUAAUAUCAAUGAGAAGUUUCCAUACAUUCAGUGACGUCAGUCUUUGCACGGAUAUGAUAGAGUGGAUUCUAAUGGGCAGCUAAGUGUCAGGCUUGCAGGCUUUGUGUUUAGCAGCACAGGCAAUAACAUAGAGAUAAAGCUCUACGAGUGUGGGGGAAUCUUUUACAUUGACAUCUGUGAAUGUUCCAACAUUUUUAUUAUUAAUACUGUAUGAAAUUGCCUUCGUGUUCAAGUCAUGCUUCUGUAUAACAUGUAGGGACUGGCUUAAGGGUAUGUGUUCACUGUACAGUUUCUCAGCUGCACUUUGCAGCACUGCCCCUUUAAGGACCAAGUGGAGUUACGGGUGUUGUCAUUGCACUAGUUGCUCACUAGGAACUGCUUGCUUUGCUAUGCAAGGUGAUGGAGGGUUGCAUUAAGGGAGGCUGGGGAAAUGGUUCAGAGUCAGAGGAAGGCUAUAAUGGUUUCCUUCCAAUCUGUGCAGGCAGGGUUGGCGGGACACCGGAUCCCACCAACCCAGACCCACAUCUGCCCUCCCUCCCCCAAUCGGGGCCCUAGAGGGGUUGUGGGGGCCCCUGGGGUAGCAGCCCCAGUGGGCCUCGCACACCCCAGUCUGACCGCAAUAUGGGUACGUCUUGGUUAAAAAAAAAACAAUUCUAAAAGCAGAAGAAUUAACAACUGAGAUAAACAAAAUGAAUGCAUCCUAGCCUGUUUGGGUGUACUUCCUUUUAGAACACAAUGCUUAUUUUUAAUUAUCCAUUAGGUUCAGAGGAAAUCUUGCCCUUCAUUUUUCUUUAGCUUAGGAAUUAUUAGAAAAGAAUGGGGCAUGAUUUGUUUGGUUAUGCCAAAAGCACUGCUUUAUUACUCUUGGUCCUUAAAGGGGUAGUGUACUUGUUCAAGGGACAGCAGCACUAAAAAUUGCAUUUCCACGCAAAUUUUCCCUUUAACUGCCAGCCGAUAUGCGCUGAGCUCAAGACGCUCAAGAUCUGCAUUGAAUAAACAGGACCUUAGAAUGGCAGACUCUAUGGCACGGGCACCCUGUAACUUAAAAGGCAACACCCUAGAAUCUAUGAUCCGUGGCACCUUAAGAGUGAAAUAGUUCAAUGGCAGAUAGCUUCAUGAAGUUAUGCUCAUGUCACACCGUAUGUGCUGCCAUUCUGAUUUCUUCCCUCUGUUAUAGGAAGUCAAGAGAGCAGAGACAUUGAUAGAUACAGUAGUAGAGAUGCAGCUCUAUUUUAGUAUUACUGUCCCUUUAAUAGUUUUUUCCUCAUGCAUUUGUUAGAGGGCAGCAUAUACUAUCCAAAUAACUGUUUCCAUGGAUAUGUUACCGUGUUUGCCGAAUCUCCCCGGUGGAGAUGUGUUUGAGUUUGGAGUAAUAAAGGAUGAGAAUUCCAA